AUGUGGUCACCAGUGAUGGCAAAAUACAAUACAAGUUCUUUUGAAGGCUUCAUCCUGGUGGGUUUCUCUGACCGUCCCCACCUAGAAUUGAUCCUCUUUGUGAUUGUCCUCACCUUUUAUCUGCUGACUCUUCUUGGCAACAUGACCAUCAUCUUGCUCUCAGCUCUGGAUUCCCAGCUGCACACACCAAUGUAUUUCUUUUUGGCUAACCUCUCAUUCCUGGACAUGUGCUUCACCACAGGCUCCAUCCCUCAGAUGCUCUACAACCUUUGGGGCCCAGAUAAGACCAUCAGCUACAUGGGCUGUGCCAUCCAGCUCUAUUUUGUCCUGGCCCUAGGAGGAGUGGAGUGUGUCCUCCUGGCCGUCAUGGCAUAUGACCGCUAUGCUGCAGUUUGCAAACCCUUGCACUACACCAUCAUCAUGCACCCACGCCUCUGUGGGCAGCUGACUUCAGUGGCAUGGUUGAGCGGCUUUGGCAAUUCUCUCAUAAUGGCACCUCAGACAUUGAUGCUACCCCGCUGUGGGCACAGCCGGGUGGACCACUUUCUCUGUGAGAUGCCAGCACUAAUUGGCAUGGCCUGUGUAGAUACUAUGACCCUUGAGGCUCUGGCUUUUGCCUUGGCAAUCUUUAUCAUCUUGGCACCACUCAUCCUUAUCCUCAUCUCUUAUGCUUACAUUGCACGAGCAGUGCUCGGGAUCAAGUCGGCUGCUGGGAGAAAGAAAGCCUUCAACACCUGUAGCUCCCACCUAAUUGUUGUCUCUCUCUUCUAUGGUACAAUCAUAUACAUGUAUCUUCAGCCAGCAAACACUUAUUCUCAGGAUCAGGGCAAGUUCCUUACUCUUUUCUACACAAUUGUCACUCCCAGUGUUAAUCCCCUGAUCUACACACUGAGAAACAAAGAUAUUAAAGAGGCCCUGAGGAAGGUGCUGGGGAAAGGAAGUGCAGGAAGGAUAGCUCAAUUAGUGCUUAUUAGACAGAUUAUCUGA